CCCCCAUAAAUAGAAUGGCACCGCGGAUGAACCUCUCUGCAGUCAUCAUCAGUCACAAUGGGAGCGCUACAGAUAUUGGUGGCAUCGGUGCUGCUUGGGAUACUGACCCGCAGCUCAAACAGCGAGAAACUAUCCUUCCGAGAUCAUCGCGUUUGCUCAGUCUUCAUACAGAACGAAGACCAGCUGGACACGCUACGAGCUCUCGAGGCUACACCUAACUUGUUUACAUUCCUGGAUGUACCUUCGGCAAUCAAUUCAAAGGUACAGAUCGUGGUUCCACCGGCCAAACAGCGUUAUUUCGAGAAUCUUGUCCAGCAGUUGAAGCUUGUUUCCCACGUUGAUUCCUACAAUCUACAAAGCGUUAUCGACAAUGAACGACCGAACCAAUCCAAACGAGCUGCUUUCGGAUGGACUGAUUACUACACGCUUGAGGAGAUGUACGCAUGGAUUGACGAGCUGGUCGCAGAACAUUCCGAAGUGCUAUCCGUCGAAACUAUUGGGCAAUCUUACGAAGGACGUGAUCUGAAGGUGGUAAAACUAUCCCACAAGGAAGGAAAUCCCGGACUAUUCGUUGAUGCCAACAUUCACGCCCGUGAGUGGAUUACUUCCGCUACCGUUACGUGGAUCUUGAACGAGUUGCUGACGUCUGAAGAUCCAGCUGUUCGGGAUUUGGCCGAAAACUUUGACUGGUACAUUGUUCCGGUGCUGAAUCCGGAUGGAUUGGUAUACACGCACACCACGGAUCGUUUGUGGAGAAAGACCCGAUAUCCGUACAAUAUCUUGUGUUACGGGGCUGACCCAAAUCGCAACUUUGACUUUCAGUGGAAUAACGGUGGAGCCUCGAUGAACCCAUGCUCGGACGCCUACGCCGGGCAGCACCCAGAAUCGGAGGUAGAAGUUAAAGCCGUUUCCGAUUACAUUCGUUCGAUCGCGGACGAGCUGACUCUUUACCUAACGAUCCACUCAAAGGGACAGUACAUUUUGGUACCGUUCGGUUACGAGAAUGCUCCGUAUCCUCCCACCUAUCAGGAUCUUAUGCAGAUUGGACGACGAGGAGCGGUCGAUAUGUACAAGCUGUACCAGAAACCGUACCGCGUGGGAACGUCAUCCGAUGUGUUAUAUGUCGCUUCAGGAAUUUCGGUAGAUUGGGCCUACGGAGCAGUCAAUGUUCCACUAUCUUACACGUUUGAACUGCGAGAUCAGGGAGAGUUUGGGUGGAUUCUGCCGGCCGAUCAGAUUAUUCCGAAUGCCGAGGAACUACUGGCAGCAUUUGUUGGGAUGAUCGACGAGGCGCGUGUCUUGGGAUAUUUUUACCUAUACGAAAUGAACCGAUUACAGUUGAUAUCGCUGCUGUUUGCAGCAAGUUGUUGCUGUGUAGCUGCUGAACAGGCAAGAUUCGACAAUUACCGCGUUCAUCAGGUGCGCAUCGAGACCGAAGAACAGCUGCAGGUCCUGCAAUAUCUGGAAGAGCACCCCGAUGGAUAUAUUUUUUGGGAUAGUCCUGUUCAAACCAACAUGGCGUUAGAACUAGUUGUUCCACCUCACAAGUACUCUGAUUUUGAGGAACUUGCAAUGAAGCUGAACAUCAAGACUCGACUUCGCAUCGAAAACUUCCAAGAAGUGAUCGAUAACGAACGUCCGAAUAAAGGUCGCCGAUCUACCUUCGGCUGGGACGACUACUAUUCCACGGCUGAAAUCUACGCGUGGUUGGACGACAUGGUUGGUCGACAUUCCAGCAUUUUAUCGAGUACAACCUACGGAAAAUCUUUCGAGAAUCGUGAUCUGAAGGCAGUUAAACUCUCGCACAAGGCGAACAACCCGGGAAUCUUCAUUGAAGCUAACAUCCACGCACGUGAGUGGAUCUCGUCAGCGACGGCCACGUGGUUGCUCAACGAACUGCUAACAUCAAGCAAUCCAGCUGUGGUGGACCUGGCCCAGAACUAUGAUUGGUACUUUAUCAUGGUAGCUAAUCCGGAUGGACUCGAGUUUAGUCGGAAUAGUAAUCGAAUGUGGAGAAAGACCCGCCAACCAUCGUCAGUGCUCUGCACCGGAACCGAUCCCAACCGCAAUUUUGACUACUUCUGGCGAACCGGUGGAGCAUCAACGAUCGCCUGCUCCGACACUUUUUCGGGACCAACUCCGUUCUCUGAACCGGAAACCCGGUCCAUGGCGGAUUACUACGCGACGAUCGCCGACAAGAUCAACGUUCAGUUUUCAUUCCACUCGUUUGGACAGUACCUUUUGACACCGUUCGGGUUUACCAACGCUCCGCUUCCCGCCAAUCAAGCAGAUCUGCAGCAAAUCGCCGCCAAAACCGUUGAUGCCAUUCGUGCAACCCAUGGAACGCAAUACACCUUUGGGAACUCGGCGCAGCUGUUGUAUGUAACUUCGGGUAGUACUAACGACUACUUUAUGGGUGUUCACGGUACCAAACUGGCGUACACAUUCGAGUUCCGCGACGAUGGAGCACAUGGCUUUGCCCUCCCAGCUGACCAAAUCGUACCAAACUCCCAGGAAACGUUGAACGGACUGAUUGCAUUCCUGGCUGAGGCAAAGAGUCUUGGAUAUCUAUGAAUUUUAUUUACGAUGAAUGCAUUUAUUGUGAUAACUGAUAUAAUACUACAUAAAACAUAUUGAAAAUA